AUUUUCCUGGAAACUAAAUCACCCACAUUCUUUCUUUGCCUAGAUGUAAAGUAUUACAGUAGUAACCCACUUGUCCGGAGGUCGGAUUUCCGGCACCCUCAGCCCUCCAGAACAUGGCUGCUAACCCUGAAAUCUGAAAAGGAACCACAGUUUAAGUUUAUCUACUUCAACCAUAUGAAUUUAGCAGAGAAAAGUACAAUUCACAUGAGGAAAACACCCAGUGUGUCACUUACGUCUGUUCAUCCGGAUUUGAUGAAGAUUCUAGGUGACAUCAACAGUGAUUUUACUAGAGCAGAUGAAGAUGAAGAAAUCAUCGUGAAAGCCAUGAGUGAUUAUUGGGUUGUUGGGAAAAAGUCUGAUCAGCGGGAGCUGUAUGUUAUUUUGAAUCAAAAAAAUGCAAACCUGAUCGAAGUCAAUGAAGAGGUAAAGAAACUUUGUGCCACGCAGUUCAACAACAUCUUCUUCUUGGAUUGACUGAUAAUGGCUCACGGAAAGCAUCUUUUAAGAAACUCAGCAAACACUUUGUUUACCAUUGCAAGUUAUUGGUCAUAUUAUUGACUGAAUUAAUGACAAUAGUAAAGCAAUACUUGCUUUGAAGAAACAAAUUUCUACUCAGUCUGAUGAUCCCCUGAGGUUUUUAGAUUUUAAAUAUUUAUGCGGAAUUACUUAAAGGUAGUUGGCUAUAUCUCUAUCAUUCCAUUCUUUUGACAUGUGAAUAUUUUACUGGAAAAUAAGACUAAUAAAUUGUUAAA